UCAAAAUGAAAAUAGAAAAGUAUAACAAUGUUGUGUAUUAUAUGUAUACUUACUGUAUUUGCUGCUGAGGUUUUAACUUCAGAAUUUUAUUUAUUGGAUCAAGAUUAUCAUGAUUUAAACAACGCCGAAGCAAUUUUUGAACAAUUCAAUAGAAAAUUCAACAAAGAUAACGAAAAUGACAAAAGCGAUUAUCGUUUCGAAGUGUUUAAACAGAAUUUGGCAAAAAUCAACGAGUUAAAUGAAAAAAGUAAUGUUAAAUCAUACGGAAUUACACAAUUCACCGAUCUGACAUUUAAAGAAUUUUCUGAUUAUUAUUUGGGUAUAAGAGGCAAUAUAACUUAUGAAAAUGCAGUUAAAUAUGUACCUUCUGGAUUGAAAGGACCAGAUUCAUUAGAUUAUCGAAAAAUAGGAUAUGUGACUGAAAUUAAAGACCAAAAACGCUGUGGUUCCUGUUAUGCAUUUAGUUCUAUUGGUAACAUUGAAGGACAAUAUGCCAAAGUUCACAACACUAAAGCGAUCAGUUUGUCUGAACAGCAAAUAGUAGAUUGUGAUCGCACAAGUUAUGGUUGUUAUGGAGGCUGGCCGCAUAAUGUUUUCAAUAGUCUGGCUGCGGAAGGUGGUUCUAUGAGAGAAGAGGAAUAUCCGUAUGCAGGUGUUCAAGGCCAAUGCAGAGUAGAUGGCAGCAGAAUAGCAGCUAGGGUCACAGGUGGUCAACAACUGCAGAUUUCGGAUGAAGCUAGUUUAAAGGACGCGUUGCUUCAGUACGGACCGCUUUCAGUUGUCAUAGGGGUAAACCGAGAAUUCAUGCUUUUGCGAGGGAAAUCCGUCUUUAAGCCAAUGACUUCUUGUCAAGAAGGUCCACAUGCUGUUCUUCUCAUUGGAUAUGGAAACGAUGGUACAGACGAUUAUUGGCUCUUGAAGAACUCGUGGGGCACCACAUGGGGCGACCAGGGCUACUACCGCAUGGUCAUGGGGCAGCAUGCGUGUAACAUUGGAGAUUAUGCAGCUAGCGCGACUGUUGAAUUUAAAAUUGUUAUAAAAGAAAGUGAAAAAGAAACUAUUCAUAGUUGUGUUGUAACAAUGUUUCUUUUAUUUUGUAUACUGUCCAUUUUGGCUUCUGGAGUUUUAACUUCAGAUUACAGUCUCUUGGACCAAGAUUAUUAUGAUUUAAAUAAUGCGAAAGAAAUAUUUAACCAAUUUAUUCAAAAAUAUGAAAAACAAUACGAUGAUAGAAUCGAUUAUCACUUCGAAGUUUUCAAGCAAAAUCUAGAGAACAUUAACAAAUGGAAUAAUGAAAGGGGCACCAAAAUGUUUGGAAUUAAUGCAUUUACUGACUUGACUUUUAAAGAGUUUUCCCAAUUUUAUUUGGGUUUUAAUACUAAAAAUAUAUCUGGGGAAGGAACUGUGUAUAAGCCAACGGGAGUAGAGGCACCGAAUACUCUGGAUUGGCGUGACUCUGGAUAUGUUACUCCUGUUAAAAACCAACAAUCCUGCGGAAGUUGCUAUGCGUUUAGUGCUAUUGGUAACAUAGAAGGCCAGUACGCAAAAAAUCAUAAUACACAUGCGAUUAGUCUGUCUGUUCAGCAAGGUAUGGACUGCGAGCCGCAGGGUAAUUGUAUACAAGGAGGAGUUCCUCAAUAUGUGUUCAAGGCAUUAGCUGAACAAGGAGGAUCUAUGCGAGAAGAGGAUUAUCCUUACGAAAAUAUGAAAGGCCAAUGUAGGACUCGGAGAGACAAAAUCGUCGUAAAAGUGACUGGUGGGGGCCAGUUAUUUGUAAAUGGAGAAGAUGAGCUUAAAGACGCUUUGGCUAGUCAUGGGCCCUUAACAAUAGCUAUUUGUGUUGACAAUCAAUUCGAAGCUUACACAGGAGGUGUUUUUAGACCUUCCUCUCCGUGUACUCAAUACAAUCAUGGUACCCUUUUGGUCGGUUAUGGAAAUGAUGGGCGCCAAAACUACUGGAUCAUCAAAAACUCGUGGGGCGCAGAUUGGGGCGAGCGAGGAUACAUAAAAAUAGUUCGAGGAGAAGGUGCUUGUGCUAUCGGCAAUUACGUCGCUUGUUCCACUGUAGAAUAGCCAAUCGGAUAUAUUUAAACGACUUCAUAUAGGUUAUAUCGGUGUCUUCCAUCUGUAACUUUAAAUCGAUGCUUCUUAUAAAAUGUCUUUCUUAUUUUUGGCAAUGGAAAAGUCGGCAAGCA